UUCUCGGGGCCCCCGGGGGGGGUGUUUGGCCGGUUUCGGUUUCGUUCUGCACAAGCGCCGAACCGAACCGAAGUGAACCAUGAGUGCCAGCUACGACCGAGCCAUCACCGUCUUCUCCCCGGACGGGCACCUCUUCCAGGUGGAGUACGCCCAGGAGGCGGUGAAGAAAGGCUCGGCGGCGGUUGGUGUUCGAGGAAAAGAAAUUGUUGUCCUUGCAGUAGAAAAGAAAUCUGUAGCCAAAUUACAGGAUGAAAGAACUGUAAGGAAGAUCUGUAUACUGGAUGACAAUGUUUGCAUGGCUUUUGCAGGCCUUACAGCUGAUGCCAGGAUAGUUAUAAAUAGGGCUCGUGUAGAGUGUCAGAGCCAUCGACUCACUGUGGAGGAUCCAGUCACAGUUGAGUACAUCACACGCUACAUUGCCAGCUUGAAACAGCGUUACACUCAAAGUAAUGGGCGCAGACCCUUUGGCAUUUCUGCGCUGAUUGUAGGUUUUGACUUUGAUGGAACUCCAAGACUGUACCAAACUGACCCAUCAGGCACCUACCAUGAAUGGAAGGCCAAUGCCAUAGGAAGAAGUGCAAAGACUGUCAGGGAAUUCCUGGAGAAAAACUACACUGAAGAAGCCACUGCUACAGACAAUGGUACCAUAAAGCUUGCCAUCAAGGCUUUGCUGGAGGUUGUACAGUCGGGUGGAAAACACAUUGAACUGGCAGUGAUGAAGCAUGAACAACUCUUGAGGAUCUUAAAUCCUGAGGAAAUUGAGAAUUACGUUUCAGAAAUUGAAAAAGAAAAGGAAGAAGCUGAAAAGAAGAAGGCACCAAAGACCUAAAACGCCAUUAAUUAGACAUGAGAUACGGUUGUGUUCCCUGUUUAUCAUUGGUAGAAGCUGAGCAUUCCACAUUUUAUUAAUUGUUAAUCUACUUGAAUAAAUUGAAGAAUUUUA